GGGGCGGCACCUGCGCGCCGGCUGCGCGCUCUGCGUCACUGCCGCUUCCGGCGCGGGCCGUUUGAAGGCGGGAGCGGCUGCGCGCCCGCGGCUCUGGGCUCCCAUGGCCGAGCGGGAGAAGUCGCAGCCGCAGGAGGUGGGUGGUGACUGCGUGCCGCCGCCGCCGCCGCCGCCGGAGGAGCAGCAGCAGCAGCAGGGUGCGAAGAAUGAGGCGCUUCUGCCUAUGGUGUUCCUCUGCGCCGGCUGCAAGCGGCCGGUGGGAGACACGGAGAGCUGGGUGAGCAACGAUGAGGAGAUGGGCUGCAUCCUGCUGAGCAGGGCGUCCGACUUCGUCUCGGUGAACGAGGACCAGCGCAUCUCCACUCUGCCCGGCGAGCGCGGAUGUCUGACAGAAACAUUGUUUUGCUCUGGCUGCUCAACAACACUUGGCAACAUCUACAGGUGCACACCAAAGCAUCUUGACUACAAGAGGGAUUUGUUUUGUUUCAAUAUUGACUCAAUUGAAAGUUACAUUCUAGGAUCAUCAGAAAAACAGGCUUAUACUGAUGAGGAACCUUUAACUCUUGAAAGUCAAGCUGUCUUGGAAGCAACAAUACAAAGAGCAGACACUGUAUUAAAUGCUCUGGAGACGAGACUGAUUGCUCUUGAAUUGAGUGUGGCCUCUCUUCGCAGUAAAGUCUGAAAGGAGUUACAGGAAGCUUAAUUGCAGAAGAAUGAUGUAUAUGGAACUUGUCCUUGCAGUCUUCUGGAAUCUGUGGGAACAUUGCAAAAGCUGCUCAAAGAACUGAAAGAUAUUUGCUCUUGCUGCUGUAGAACAUUGCUGAGGUUCCAACACAGGACAAGGAGUUCCUCUCUUUUGUGCUGAAAGGAUACCCCAGAAAAAUGAUUUUAAUUUCAGUUGGGUUUCUGUUGACUUUUGGUUUAUAUGUUAAUGUUUGUCUGAAAGCAAAUAAUCUCUUUACUUCCCUGCUGUUCAAUAUCUAUUGAACUGGGUGUGCAUCUCCUUCCUAAACCAAUUUUAAAAGAUUCCUGUGCUGUCUGAAGGUACAGUAUAUGUUGUUUUUUCUUGUCUCCACAGCCUUUGCUUGACUUGUGCCCAGAGUUGGGAAUAAUACACAAUAACUGUUGGGAGUAAUCUGGUUUUGGGAGUACUUUUUUACAAACUCCGGGCUAAAGUGUAAAAUAAGACUUCAAAAGCACUAGAUAAGUGGCUUUCCACACAGUACUGAAGGUCAUAUGUUCUACAGUAUUGAAGAUCUCAUGUUCUACAGUUUCAAGGGGAGGAGAACAGACAAGACUUGAUAGCAGCACACCUUUAAGCAAAGCUGGGUGUAUAUUUGAGCAAUGAAUUCAAAAUGUUAGUCAAGAAAACUUGUUGUUAUUUUGGUGGUUUAUGGCACAUGUUUCAGUAAUUUGUUCUUGAUUUUCUGUGUAUUCAACUAAUUUUUAGUUUCUUGUAUAGUGAGUUUUGCACAUUUUAAAAGAAAAUAAAUCAAGCCUUUAUAUUCUAAAGAAA